UAUAUUUCUCUACUAUAUAGUUGACUGAAUCAGAAAAAAGAACUGUAUCUUCAAUUUUUGCAGAAGAGGACACCAUGCCGAAGAACAAGUGUCCUCUAAAAGCAGUUGCAGAACCGACACGUGGCACCGGCGGUGGCACUUACAAAUUCCACUUUCCUCUAGUUUGCUACUCUCUUCUCCUCUUCACCGUUCCACUUCUCGCCUUUCCCUCUCCAUCGCACUCUCCGAUUCCUUCUCCCAACAGAAACCAAACAAAUAUGCAGGAAAGUACGAACCAAACUCAAUUUUUGGAGAAGAAAUGUGGUGUUUCUGGCCUAAGAUUUUCCUUAAGUUUACUUGAUGCCAACUUCUUCAAAGAUAAUCAGAUUGAGGAGAUUGCUAAGGGUGUAAAUGAGUUCAAUAUUCCAAUUAUUAAAGCCAAUAGAAAACUUGUAGCUUCUAAAAAUGGAGGACUGCAUUAUCAUUCACCUUUACUUUUCGAUGCUGAUUGGGACCAUCGAUCACAAUCGGUUCACCGCACAACCAAAAGGUUCAGAUAUCCUUCCAUUCCAAAAAUACAGAAACCUGAAUCUGAAGAAGAUAUUGUAUUUCUAAGUGUUCUUGAAUUAGGUGAACUCAUCAAAACAAAACAAAUUAGUUCCCGGGAGCUUACACAAAUAUUCUUGCGGAGAUUGAAAAAGUACGGUCCUAUUCUUGAAUCGGUAGUGACUUAUACUGAAGAACUGGCAAACAAGCAAGCCAAAGAAGCUGAUGAGUUGCUUAGCCAAGGAGUAUAUCUAGGGCCUCUUCAUGGGAUUCCUUAUGGAUUAAAGGACAUAAUAUCCGUGCCUGGAUACAAAACAACAUGGGGAUCAAAGUCAUUUAAAAAUCAAGUUAUUGACAUGGAAGCUUGGGUCUAUAAAAGAUUGAGAUCAGCGGGAGCAGUUCUUGUUGCAAAGCUUGUUUCUGGAUCAUUGGCUUAUGAUGAUAUCUGGUUUGGUGGUCGAACCAGGAAUCCAUGGAAUAUUGAGGAAUUUUCUACGGGUUCCUCAGCUGGACCUGCAGCAAGCACCUCAGCAGGUAUGGUUCCAUUUGCAAUUGGUUCGGAAACAGCUGGAUCCAUAACUUUCCCUGCAGCUCGAUGUGGUGUUACUGCAUUGCGCCCAACUUUUGGUACUGUUGGUCGAACUGGUGUAACGAGCAUAUCAGAAAGCCUGGAUAAGCUUGGCCCUUUCUGUAGAUCUGCAAUUGAUUGUGCUGUUGUUUUGGAUAUUGUCCGGGGAAGAGAUCUUGGGGAUCCCUCGUCAAAAGAUAGCUCCAUUGAUGAUCCAUUCUUGGUUGACAUUACUAAGUUGACUGUUGGAUAUCUUGAUGAUGCUGAGAUGGAGGUUGUUCAUGUUCUUGCGUCAAAGGGUGUCAAGAUGGUUCCUUUCAAACUGAAUUACACAGUUGAUUCUGCUCAAGGUAUAUUAAAUUUCACAAUGGAUGUUGAUAUGCUGGCUCACUUUGAUCAGUGGCAGCGCUCAGGGCAAGAUAAUGUGUAUGAAGCCCAAGAUCAGUGGCCCACUGAACUACGCCGUGCACGUUUAAUUCCCGCAGUGGACUAUAUACAGGCACAAAGAGCACGGGGAAGGCUAAUCGAAGAAAUAAGAGAGUCGUUUACUGUCGAUGCAUUCAUUGGUAAUGCAACUGACUGGGAGAAAGUAUGCAUAGGCAACCUUGUUGGUUUACCUGUCAUAGUAGUGCCAACAGGAUUUAAAAAUAUCUCUGAUCCACCAUCUGGCGGCAGCAGAAGAAGAACAACCAUCACCACCGGCAUUUAUGCCCCCCCAAACCGUGAUCACAUUGCUCUGGCUUUGGCAAUGGCUUAUCAAAAAGUCACUAAUCACCACAAACAGCGCCCACCUAUUAAUGAUCUUGGUCUCAAUGAUAAGAUACCUGAUGCAUCUAAAGUUGCUUAUCCUCCUAGGGUUUUUGGUCCUUAAGCAACUGGGUGUAAUGGCUUCAGCAGUGAGUUUUACUUGUAAAAAUCUGCUACCACAUGACAAAAAUAAAAUUCAUAUUGUCUAGUCAUUUAUGUCAAAAAUAGACUUUAUCACGUAUGUCUGAAUCGAUGAAAAAAGAAUGAAUAAAAUGAAAAAAGUUUAUGAUU